AUGGAAGAUAAAGUGACUAGUCCAAAGAAAGCUAAAGAAGCAAAAUUAAAAGCAAGGUAUCCUCAUCUGGGACAAAAGCCCAGAGGUUCAGAUUUCUUAAGGAAACAAUUGCACAAAGGGCAAAAAUAUUUUGAUUCUGGGGAUUAUAACGUGGCCAAAACAAAAAUGAAGAAAAAGCAACUUCCUACUGCAGCCCCGGGUCAAAAGGAGGUUGCUGGGGACUGUAUUCCCACUCCGCGGGACCUUCCACAGCGGAAGCCAUUCCUUGUCACCAGCAAGCUGGCCAGCUGA